AUGACAUCUGUAAAAAAUCCUCUUUUCCUUUCACGAUUCAGCAUCAUUGAUAAAACAUUUCCGAAUCUUCGUUCACUAACUUUGACACAUAUAAAGUAUGGCACAUGGUGUUUAUUCAAAACUCGACUUCCACCACACAUCGUGACACUCUCACUUCAUUUGGUCUAUUCUGAUAUAUUAGCACGUUUAUCGAUGACGUCUGUUAUUUUGGGUGAAUUACUCUUUCUUUCGCCGUCGCUCCAACGUCUCUCUGUCAAAAUGACUGGCUUUUUAGGUGGCAAUGUGAAAAUUCGUUCUCCAAAUUCGACAAUAUUAUCGUCUGUUCAAUAUUUUCAUUUAGAACUCGUAACCAUUGAUUUAUUAAGUCUUCUUGCCGUUGCACCUAUGCUUCACACUCUAGAAGGUAGAUUUCAGACUCCAGACUUAAAAUUAGGUAGAAUUCAUCCUCACCUAUUGCAUUUGCAACAAAUGCAUAUCGAACUAUGGACUAUCACUUGGACAGAGAUGGCAACUUUACUCUGUUCAUUUCCACGACUCGCCUAUUUGAAGAUCAUUGCUGACAAUGUGAAUAGUGAUAUGGCGGAUGGUUUUGCCUGGGCACGAUCGUUGCAACAUAUCAAACAUUUUGAGUUUAAACUUAAAUUUUCCUAUGAUGCCUUCGAACAACAACAAUUCAAUCUUGACUCAUUUCGCACAAAAUUUUGGCUUGAAGAGAAAAAGUGGUUUGUUACCUACGAUCGAAGAUUAAAUGCUGAUGGUUCUUCGAUGCUCUAUUCGAAUUUGUCAUCUCUUAUCGUCUAUCCACCGCAUGAAAUAAUUGGAACGCUAGUAUCAGAAUCAACAGCGUUAGAGCCAACAUCAUUUUCUUAUGUUCAUCGCUUAAUAAUUAAUGAUCAAUAUUUGCAAUAUCCGCUCUUGCAUCGAUACACUCACAUCAAAGAAUUCUAUUUAUCACAAAUUACUGUUCCGUUUCCUACGUUCAGAGAUCGUGUAGCCUGUCUUGAUACAUCACAAAUUAUGACAUGUAUUAUUGGUCCAGAGUGGAGUAGAAAUUCGUCUCAUGAACACAUCGAAUUUUUACAUAGUUUACCUCGUUUGUGUCGGUUGCAAGUUUCUGAUAUUAAUCUCAACUACUUUUUUCUUCACCAAUGGCCUCAUAUUGUUGAUUUAAAGAUUGAAAAUGACUUCCAGAGUAAGCUUCAUGUGUUAUGCUCAACCGAUAUCGAUGCACUUUGUCAUUCGUUUACUCAUAUCGAACGACUCGAUAUUCACUCAUCAUCUAUUACUGAUCUACCACAACUUCUUAACAGAAUGAAGAAGACAUUAACAGACAUAAUAAUUCGACAAUCACGUAAGAUCAACAAUGAACACCUUAUAACAUGUGAAUGGAUCAAAAGAAAUACAGAACUACAAAAUUUUCACUUUACAAGUGAUUAUUGGAAUUCUGUCAGCUUGUGGCUUUAA